CGAAAAAUUAUCCGUCACUGCUCUCUCUUUUUCUCUCGCUUUCGACUUUCACUGGCUUCCUUUGAAAGAAACCGCAGCGAAAGUUUCGAGCUGAUGAACACUGAAGAGGAGCAAAAGCUUCGAACUUGAUCAGCUUGUUCUCGAAGCAGAUGGGGAUUCGGUCGAUCUUGUGCUGCGGAGCUGAUUCUGAUAGGAGCCAGAAGGCGAAGAAGAAUUCGACGGGAUGGAGGGUGUUUUCGCUUAAAGAGCUGCAUUCGGCGACGAACAAUUUCAAUUAUGAUAACAAGUUGGGAGAGGGAGGGUUUGGGAGCGUUUAUUGGGGCCAGCUCUGGGAUGGAUCUCAGAUUGCUGUUAAAAGACUCAAAGUUUGGAGCAACAAAGCUGAGAUGGAGUUUGCUGUCGAGGUUGAGAUUUUAGGCAGAGUGAGGCAUAAAAACCUUCUGAGCUUACGUGGAUUCUGUGCUGAAGGGCAAGAGCGUCUGAUAGUGUAUGACUACAUGCCUAAUUUAAGUUUGCUGUCACAUCUUCAUGGGCAGCAUUCAGCUGAGUGCCUCUUGGACUGGCCCAAGCGCAUGAAUAUUGCAAUAGGAUCUGCUGAGGGCGUUGCUUAUCUCCACCACCACGCCACGCCUCACAUAAUCCACAGAGACGUGAAGGCAAGCAACGUCUUACUGGACUCAGAUUUCCAAGCACGAGUAGCUGAUUUCGGAUUUGCCAAGCUCAUCCCAGAUGGUGCAACUCAUGUGACCACAAGAGUCAAAGGCACUCUUGGCUACCUCGCACCUGAAUAUGCCAUGUUCGGUAAAGCCUCAGAAAGCUGUGAUGUGUACAGUUUCGGUAUACUUCUUCUAGAACUCGCCAGUGGAAAGAAGCCCAUAGAGAAAAGAAGCCCAACAUUGAAGAGAACUAUCACAGAUUGGGCGCUUCCACUGGCUCAAGAGAGGAAGUUUGAAGAAAUGGCUGAUCCCAAGCUCGAUGGGGUUUUUAUUAGAGAGGAGUUGAAGAGGAUGGUGAUUGUUGCCCUUGUUUGUUCUCAGAAUGAACCGGAGAAGAGACCCACAAUGCUUGAGGUUGUGGAGCUGCUCAAAGGAGAGGCUAAGGAGAAGUUGUUGAGUUUGGAGAGUGGUGAUAUGUUCAAGGCUGAGAAAACUGAGAGCUACCAAGGGCUGUCAGGUUCAGAGGAAGCUGGCACUGAAACUGAGAUUGUAGCUAGUGUUCAAUAGAGUGCUAAGGUUUGGUAUAUGAUUGUUGUUGAUUGUUUCAAACGUAAUCAUCAGUGUCAGGAGAUUUGUGAACAGAUUUGGAUUGUGGAGUGUAGAUUGUUGGUUGUAUUUGAAAUCUUUUAAUCGUUGGGGUUUGAGGUUUGAUUUGAAUGUUAAGAGAUGCUUUGUUGUUUUGCUUUGUGUGUAGUAAUUUCUCCAUUUUGUAUCAAAGAAAAACAUUCAUUUUUCU